GCUAUCAUAAUGUAAAUUGGUGUCAUCGCAAUUUUGCCGGUAAAAAUUUUUACUAAGGUUAUGUACAAAAUUCGAUCUUAUUUUCAUUGAGCUGCUACGAUCCACUUCUUAUUGGCUUGAUUCUUUGACGUCAUUUGCGUGCUGUACACAAAAAAUUUUUUGAAUUACACUUUUUUAUUAUCAAAAAAUGUAAUUUUUUGUAAAGAAUAUCUUUUUUUAAUAAUAAAAAAAAACUUACCUACAGUCGGUUACCAUCUUUCGUUUAGAACUGCAGCUGUCAAGUUACCUAACCUCUUAACUGUCAUAUGUAAAUAAAAAUUUAUAAUUCUUUUUUUUUACUCAGUAACAAAAAAAAAACAUUAAUAUUUUAAGUAAACAUGGAAACUGUAAGGCCAUGUGGAUGUAAAGGUAUUAGAACAUGUUUGAUUUGUGAAAAACAAUUCAAUAUCUCUAAACCUAAUCUCACAACAGAAUUGCAGAAAUUAUCUAGUUAUGUUUAUUGUCCGGAAUGUGAUUUAGCAUGGCCUGGAUGGAAUUUAGAAUCAUAUAAACAACAUCCUAAUCAUGAAGGAGAUCCAAUCUCAUAUCCCGGGGUAUACAUUCAGUUAAAUUUUUUAACUGAAAAUGAAGCAAAGAAUUUAAUGGAUAAUUUAGAUGAAUUAUCUUGGGAUUCUUCUCAAAGUGGAAGAAGAAAACAAAAUUAUGGUCCAAAAUGUAAUUUUAAGAGAAGAAAACUGCAAUUAGGAAAUUUCAAUGGGUUUCCAAAAAAAACGAAAUUCGUUCAAGAUAAAUUCAAGCAUGUUCCUCUUCUUGAGAAUUUUCAAACUAUAGAGCAAUGUAGUUUGGAGUAUACACCUGAACGUGGAGCUUCAAUUGAUCCACAUAUUGAUGAUUGUUGGAUUUGGGGUGAAAGAAUUGUUACCGUAAACGUUAUUGGAGACUCAGUGUUAACAAUGAUUCCAUAUCGAGACAAUGAAAAACGUUACAACCUAAAAAAUGUUUCAACAUAUUGUCCAAUAGUUUUUAGACAUAAUUCAAAUGAUAAAAACAUUCCAACACCAUCAGAACAAAUUGUUGUUCGGUUACCAAUGCCUGCAAGGUCUUUAAUGGUACUUUUUGGAGCAUCUAGGUACAAUUGGGAGCAUGCUGUGCUUCGAGAAGAUGUUAAAGAGCGAAGAGUGUGUAUCGCUUAUCGAGAAUUUACUCCUCCAUAUCUUCAAGAAGGACAAUAUUCUAAUGAAUCAAUAGAAAUUUACCAAAAGGCUCAAAAUUUUUGGUAAUAGAAAAAAAUGUAUAAUUCCUUCGUUUUUAGGAAGACGUAUAAGAUUAUUUA